AUGCUGGAGGCGACCUUCGAGCAUGGGAAAUGCGUGGGGAGACGAACGUUUGCCAACGGUGAUGUGUACGAAGGAGAGUUCAGGAUGAAUGAGCCGCAUGGCGAGGGAAGCUUCACAUUCAGGGACGGGACAAGCUACGUUGGGGAGUUUGAUGAGGACAUGUACCAUGGGAAGGGGUUGUGGACUUGUCAUACCGACUCCACAGCAUGGAGUGCGGGGAGCAGCUACGAGGGGGAGUGGGUGUGCGGGAGGAGGGAUGGGAUGGGAAAGUACGUGAGCGAUGUAGGGUACACUUACGAGGGGAGCUGGAUGAGGGGGUUGAAGCACGGGGAGGGGCUAGAGAGAACGGUUCCCCCGGGAGGAAGCGGCAUCUACAGCGGGGAGUUCUUCCUGGACCUGCGGCAUGGGAAGGGAGCGAUGAGAUAUGACUACGGGGGGAUCUACGAAGGAGAAUGGAAGCUGGGGAGGAGAGAGGGAAAGGGGACGGAAGACAUCGACAACGGCACCUACGAGGGAGAGUUUGUGGACGGCCAGCGCCAUGGCCAUGGGCUGCGGCGCUAUGGCAACGGGGACGAAGGAGCAGCCAAGGAGGACUACUAUGCUGGGAGGUUUCACGAAGACAAACCGCACGGGGCAGGCAGGAGGAUUUUUGCGUCGGGGGCGUCGUACGUGGGGGAGUUCAAGGAAGGGUUCUUCGACGGGCAGGGAGUGAUGAGGUACGCGGAUGGCGCGAGGUACGAGGGACGAUGGAGGAGAGACAAGAGGCAUGGGAGGGGAGGGAAGCUCGUCUACUCCAAGUCCUCCUGGUACUCGGGCGAGAUCCAACGAGGAGCGAGGCAGGGCAAGGGGACGAUGCUGUACGAGGAGGGGGACGUGUACCAUGGCGACUGGAAGACGAACCUGCGGCACGGCCAUGGC